AUGCGAUUCAACACGGCCGCCCUUUUGGUCUCCGUAUCCCUUGCGGGACCUGCACACGCGAUCAACAUCAUCUCGUCCAAUGACGAUGGUUGGGCAGAGGUGAACAUUCGUGCUCUCUACGAGUCUCUCACCUCUGCUGGGCACGUAACUGUGGUUUCCGCGCCUGCUGAAGAUGAAAGCGGAACAGGCUCUGACCAGGGAACUCCAACGGUGCUCACGGAGGCCUGUGAAUUUGACAGCUGCCCAGCUGGCAGUCCCGCCAUUGGAUACAAUGCGUCCCAGCCUCGCCUGAACUAUGUGAAUUCGUACCCUGCGACUUCCAUGAAGUACGGCAUCAACUCCAUCGGCCCUAAGCACUUCGGCGGCGACGCUCCUGACCUAGCGGUUACCGGUCCCAACGUUGGCUACAACAUUGGUAUCGAGGCUUUCCUCUCUGGAACCGUUGGAGCUGCUACUUACGCUGCUUACAAUGCUGGCAUUCCAGCCAUCGCCUUCUCCGGCUCAACUGGCUCUCAAACCGCGUGGAAUGCUUCUUCCACGUUCCCCACCUAUAGCCAGAUCUACGCCGACCUAGCGAUGAACGUCACUGAUACUCUAAUUGCAUCGGGCACACCUUACCUACCCGACAAUAUCUGGCUGAAUGUGAACUUCCCAUCGGUCUCCGACACUGAGUGUACUAGCACCGACGACUUCAUGUUUGUCUUGUCUCGCAUCCACAUCGCGGUGCCUCUGAUCACCGCCGAUGAUGUGACUACCUGUGGAAGCUCCCGUUUGCCGACCGAGUACAAAGUGGCGCUGACCUCCGGGUGUUACGCGAGUAUUUCCGUCGGAACGGCGAGCGACAAGUUGGAUGCCAACGCCACUAUGCAGGAGGUGGUUCUGAACAAGCUUAGCGGUAUUCUGUCUUGCCUUUAA